CAAACUCCCUCUGUUUCUCUCUGUACAGAGAAAAGAAGAAGAAGAAGAAGAAGAAGAAAGAUGAGCUCUGUCAGUUUCGCGAAUCCAUUGAUUCAGAGCAACUCUGUUCUCAACAAUUCUCAGAAAUUCAAUCAAAAAUCCUUUUCUUUUCUUCAUCCAUGGAACCCCUUGUCGUCUUUUUCCUCCAAAUCCAUUAAAAAACCUUCCUUUAACCUCCGCAUAUCGGCGGCGCAAACCAGAGUAGAAACAGAGCUCCGCCCGGUUGUUGAACAAAAUGACCAAAAAGGGGUCUUCAGUUUCAAAGACUACAUGGUGCAGAAGGCUAAUUUGGUAAAUCAAGCUUUGAACGACGCCGUUUCCCUGCGGGACCCACUGAAGAUUCACGAGGCCAUGCGUUACUCUCUCCUCGCCGGCGGGAAGCGUGUACGGCCAGUGCUCUGUCUCGCUGCCUGCGAGCUUGUUGGUGGUUCUGAGUCUGCCGCUAUGCCGGCCGCUUGCGCCACUGAAAUGAUCCACACCAUGUCUUUAAUCCACGAUGAUCUUCCAUGCAUGGACAACGACGACCUCCGGCGAGGAAAGCCGACGAGCCACCGUAUGUUUGGUGAGGACAUAGCCAUCCUCGCCGGUGACGCUCUUUUAGCCUUCGCAUUUGAGCACAUCGCAGUGGCGACAGAGGCGGGGGUAUCGCCGGAGAGAGUGGUCCAAGCAAUUGGAGAAUUGGCAAAAGCCACCGGAACAUCAGGGUUAGUCGCCGGGCAAGUGGUGGACAUAGACUCCGAAGGCUCUAACGACGUCGGAUUGGAACUCCUCGAGUACAUCCACGUACACAAAACGGCAGCGCUUCUGGAAGCCGCCGCCGUCAUGGGAGCAAUCAUAGGCGGCGGAAGCAACACCGAAGUGGAGAAGGUGAGGAAAUUCGCCCGACAGAUCGGAUUACUCUUCCAAGUGGUAGACGACAUUCUAGAUGUGACAAAGUCGUCGGAGGAAUUGGGGAAGACGGCCGGAAAAGACCUGGCGGCGGACAAAGCGACGUAUCCAAAAUUACUCGGAAUCGAAAAAUCAAAGGAAUUUGCGGAGACGCUAAAGAGAGAAGCCGGAGAAGCGCUAGCCGGAUUUGAUCCGGCGAAGGCGGAGCCGUUAAUUGCCCUGUCGAAUUACAUAGCCUAUAGGCAAAAUUGAGGGGUUGAAAAAGAACAGAUCUUUUAACACAGAGUGUUGCAAAAACGAGGUGGAUUUGUCGUUUAGCGUGUCUGGUUUUAGAGAUGAAAAAAAAAAAAAAAAAUUGUGAAUUAAUGUUUGUUUUCUUCUCAACCUUUAUUGUUUUCUUUUCAUCAAUGUCAAUGCCUCAAAUUUCCCUUUCU